AUCGUUCGAAAAAUGCUUCAUUUACAAAAUACGUAUUUACCGAAUAAGAGUGUACCUAAUUAUAUAAUAUAAACAGAAUUAUGUAUUAUCAUUGAAUAAUAUUUCAUUGUAGAAACAAAUCGAGAUCACUGACCGUUGUGAAUAAUAAACGAAGAUAAACUGUCAGAUUCUCCGACUGAGAUUUUAAACAUUUUAAGAUCCGACAAACUCAUGACUCAUAAUGACUUAUUGGUUUAGAUUUGUGUCCCUGACACUAUUGAAUUUAUAUAAUCUAGUAUUUAAUAUUUAUCCUGUCACCACUCAAAUAUCAAGACCGCAUAUCAUUUUUAUAAUUGCUGAUGAUUUGGGGUGGAAUGACGUAGGUUUUCACGGUUCAAACCAAAUUCCAACACCCAACAUUGAUGCUCUUGCAUACUCAGGUUUAAUCCUAAACAACUACUACGUCACCGCGAUAUGUACUCCUUCCAGAAGUGCCUUAAUGACCGGGAAAUACCCCAUUCACAAUGGAAUGCAGCACACCGUUUUAUAUGGUGCCGAACCUAGGGGUUUGCCUUUAAAUGAGAAAUUGUUGCCACAGUAUUUGCAAGAGCUUGGAUAUGAGAACCACAUUGUGGGAAAAUGGCAUUUGGGAUCUUAUAGAAAGGAGUACCUACCAAUGUUUAGGGGAUUCAAGUCGCACCUUGGAUCUUGGACAGGUCACCACGACUACAACGAUCACACUGCCGUGGAAUCACCUGGUUGGGGUUUGGACAUGAGACGAAACAUGUCAGUGGCAUACGACCUACACGGAAAAUAUUCUACUGACGUUUUCACUCAGGAGUCAGUCAAAAUUAUCAAAAACCACAACACCACUAAACCACUCUUUUUGUAUUUGGCCCACACAGCCGUCCAUUCUGGAAAUCCUUACAAUCCGCUUCCAGCUCCAGAUGAUGUCGUAAAGAGAUUUUCGUACAUUAACAAUAAUUAUAAUAGACAAAAAUUUGCUGCCAUUUUGACUAAACUUGAUGAAUCAGUGGGCGCAGUUACAAAAGCCUUGAGCGAUAAAGGCAUAUUAUCAAACUGCUUGAUCGUCUUUACUACCGAUAACGGCGGACCAGCGGAAGGCUUUAACCUCAACGCAGCCUCAAAUUUUCCUCUCAGAGGGGUAAAAAAUACUCUGUGGGAAGGAGGCGUAAGAGGAGCGGCACUUUUCUGGAGUCCGCUUAUUAAAAAACCUAACAGAGUGGCUAAACAAAGAAUGCACAUCGCAGAUUGGCUGCCUACGCUUAUCGAUGCUGCUGGAGGUGACUCGAGUCAAAUAUAUAAUAUAGAUGGAAUAACCCAAUGGAGGGCUCUUUCUGAAGAUGAAACGUCAAAUCGAACAGAAAUUCUUCAUAAUAUCGAUGAUAUAUAUGGCAACGCUGCUGUGACCAGUGGAUCAUGGAAAUUACUAAAAGGUACUACUUACAACGGUACUUGGGAUAAAUGGUUUGGUCCAAGCGGAAGAACAGGUUACAAUUACAGUAUACCACUAGUGAUUCAGUCUCCAGCUGGUAAAGCUCUUCAGCUUAUUAACAGAGCACCUACAGUAGAUCAAAUUCAAACAAUGAGGCCCCAGGCGACUAUCGAAUGUCCUACCACUGAACCUUCUAAUACUACAUGCAAUCUGUUGAAAGAGCUAUGUUUGUUUAAUAUAGAUGACGAUCCGUGUGAACGUCACAACAAAGCUAAAAGUUUCCCAAUUAUUGUCGAAUAUUUAACACUAUUGUUGAAUGCCUACAACAAGACGGCUAUACCACCUGGAAACCUUCCGUUAGAUCCUAGAGGUGAUCCGAAAUAUUGGAAUUAUGUCUGGACAAAUUUCGGGGAUUACAUUUUAAAUCCGGGUACUGUGAUAAUUGCUUGAAUUGUGACUUAUUUUAAAUCCUUACAUAUUUAUGUAAUUAUAUGAUAAUUUUG